AUGGCACUGCAUGGAGUUUCUUCUGGUGAGCUUGAAAUUAAGUCUCCGGCUGACAUGUUCUUCAAAGCUUUCACCGACGACGUAAACGGCCCUUUUGACAAAACAGCGGAGGACAACACCGUGACGACGGAUAGGGAGAAGAGAACGGUGACGAUGGUAAUGAGUGGCUGUCUAAUCUCGGAAAGCUACAAGACGGUCAAAGCAAUUGUCACGGUCACUCCGAAGAAACACGGGAGCGGUGGCAACGUGGUGUGGACCGUCGAGUUCGAGAAGAUUCGCCGUGACAUCAAAGAACCACACUUCAUCAUCGAGACUCUUAUCAACUACUUGAAGGAGACCGAUCAAGAUCUUCGUCUAUAA